GCCCACCCUUUUUUAUGCCUUCGCCGGCAUAGCCGUAGUCAAACUCUUUGGAAGGAAAAAUGUCAAAAUCUCUUGCUGUCAUCCAAAUCCAGACGCAAAAGUUUAUGGCUUUCUAUAUUUGUACACAUUGAGCGGCUUCAAAAAUGAAUUCAUUAAGGCAUAGAAAUUGGGUCUCUCUAUUCUUUCUGGGUUUUGCUUUUGCUUUCCUUCUGUAUUUUUAUAGGUGCCCAUCUUCCCCUCCAACUAUGGCUGCAGAAGCACCCAAGUCAGUUUUUGACUUCACUGUCAAGGACAUCCGGGGAAAUGAUGUGAGUUUGAGUGAAUACAACGGGAAGGUUCUUCUGAUUGUGAAUGUCGCUUCACAAUGUGGCUUAACAAAUUCAAACUACAAGGAACUGAAUGUUUUGUAUGAAAGAUACAAGAGCAAAGGUUUUGAGAUCUUGGCAUUUCCUUGCAACCAGUUUGCAGGCCAGGAACCAGGAAGCAAUGAGGACAUUCAGGAAGUUGCGUGCACAAGGUUCAAAGCAGAAUUCCCAAUUUUUGACAAGGUUGAGGUAAAUGGAAAAGAUGCAGUGCCUCUUUACAAGUUCCUGAAAUCACAGAAAGGUGGAUAUUUUGGAGAUGGAAUCAAGUGGAAUUUCACAAAAUUUUUGGUUAAUAAAGAAGGAAAGGUUGUUGAGAGAUAUGCUCCAACUACAUCACCUCUUAAAAUCGAGAAAGACAUACAGAACCUGCUGGAAUCUUCUUGAAUACCAAGGUCUUUUAGCAUCAACUUGUGUCAAAGCUCCAAGCUGUCUACAUGGCAUAAAUCUCUUUUCUUUUCUUUUUUUUCAUUUUUUUUUCUGGGUCUUCAAUUUGAUUUUAUCUGUUGACAAUAAUAAAAUCUGAUUCCAUUUUUUUUUUUUAAUGCUACUUUGAUCUUGUAGCUCAUGGAAAAAAACUCUAAUGAACUUGCAUUGAGUUGCCAGACUUUUAAGUCCAUGUUUGUUCCAUGUACUUUUAUAAAAAUUCAGCAUUCAG